AUGAACAAGAACCACCGAGUGCCGAGCAGCCGUUCUCUGAGUGCCGUGGAGGUGAAGAGUAAGUUUGGUGCUGAGUUCCGUCGCUUCUCUCUGGAUCGCUCAAAGCCAGGCCGGUUUGAUGAGUUCUACGGCCUCCUGCAACACGUGCAUCGCAUUCCAAAUGUGGAUUUGCUGGUGGGCUACGCUGAUGUGCAUGGUGACCUGCUGCCCAUUAACAAUGAUGACAACUACCACAAGGCUAUCUCCACAGCCAGCCCACUCCUCAGACUCUUCCUGCAGAGGAAAGAGGAAGCAGAUUAUACAACCUUUGGUACCGAUUCGUUGACAAGAAAGAAAAACACGGUACUUUCAGCAGUUCUUCUCCGACCCGACGCCAACAGGAAGAAGCCCCCUGUUAUCAUUAGUUUUCCGAGGGACUUCCGUCCCGUUUCGUCCAUCAUUGAUGUUGACAUCCUCCCUGAGACGCACAGACGCGUACGCCUGUACAAGCACGGCCAGGAAAAGCCUCUGGGCUUCUACAUCCGAGACGGCUCCAGCGUGCGGGUCACACCGCAGGGCUUGGAGAAGGUCCCCGCCAUUUUUAUAUCCAGGAUGGUUCCUGGCGGCCUGGCGGAAAGCACUGGUCUCCUGGCGGUGAAUGACGAGGUGUUAGAGGUGAACGGUAUCGAAGUGGCCGGUAAGUCUCUGGACCAGGUGACUGAUAUGAUGAUAGCUAACAGCCACAACCUCAUCAUCACCGUGAAGCCGGCCAACCAGCGGAACAACGUCGUCCGCGGCGGUGGAGCGGCGUCUGGUAGCUCGGGUCGCUCCUCGGACAGCGGGGCCAGCUACUACGGUUACUCGUCGUCAGCUGGGCUCGCCGCAAGCUCCUCCGCCCCCUCGCACAUUAUACAAAACUUCCCCGUUGGGGAGCUCGACAGCGACGAGGACGAUGAGGACCUUGUAAUCGAGGCGGGGGGUGACAACCUACCCGUUAGCCGAACGCCGUCCACCUACAGCAUGUCCAUUCUGCCUCGCUAUGAGCCGCACCUCAACCUGCGCACGUCCGGCUCGCCGCCCCCCCCGGUGGUCAACGGCAUCGCAAUGAACCGCGGGAGCAGCAGCUCACUGAGCAAGGCCGGGUCCUCCACGUCUUCACCUGACAGAGGGAGGCGGAGUCUCGAAGAGGAUGGGACUGUAAUAACACUGUAG